AUACCUUUCUGUCAUUAGUGUCAACUAUAAUUUCUUGUUUACGAAUUACGGAGGUUUGUAAAACGAUAACAACUUAAGUUAGAGUAGAAAACUUAGCUAAAAAUAUGCAUAACAUAGACUCUGACAGUGAAGACGAAUUACCUGCGGGUUGGGAGGAAAAAUCAACACAAGAUGGAAACGUUUACUACGUAAACACGGUUUCUAAAAAAACUCAGUUGACGCAUCCAAGAACUGGGAGGAAAAAGGUUAUACCAUUCGAAUUGCCAUUCGGUUGGUCAAAAUCUGUGGACGCCGAAGGAAAAACGAUAUACAUCCAAAGAGAGACGGGUAAUCGCACUUACGUAGAUCCCAGGCUAGCUUUUGCUAAGGAGGCAAAGGAGCAUGUCCAUGACUUUCGUCAGAGGUUUGACGGAUCAUCCACAGCCUUCCAGGUUCUACAUGGUGUUGACUUAUCAGGAAAAUAUGCUCUGGUCACAGGCUCCAAUUCUGGAAUUGGCUAUGAAACUGCAAAAUCUCUUGCAAGGCAUGGCUGUUCAGUCUUACUUGCAAACAGAAAUAUGGAGGCCACACAACAAGCCAUAAAAAGAAUAGUCAAGGAGACAAAUGCUUCAGAAGAUGAUUUGAAAUCUAUUUACUUAGACUUGGCAUCACUGCAGAGUGUUAGGAAAUGUGCAUUAGCUGUAAAGGCUUUGUUUUCAGAUCACCUGGACAUGCUAAUACUAAAUGCUGGUGUGUUUGGGCUGCCAUAUACUGAAACUGAAGACAAUAUUGAGACCACUUGCCAAGUGAACCACCUGAGUCACAUGUACUUUGCAAUUUUAUUGGAACCUUUGCUGAAGAAAGGUUCAAGAGUCAUUUUUGUGUCAUCAGAGUCACACAGAUUUGCUUCCCUAAAGAAUGUGUUUCUACUACAAAACCUAGCAUUACCAAGGGACUCAUACAGUUCAAUGAUGGCUUACAACAAUUCCAAGUUUUACAAUAUAGUGACAGCUAAGGUCUUAAGUGAAGAAUGGAGAGCCAAAGGUGUAACAGUGAAUGCUGUUCAUCCAGGGAACAUGGUAUUCACAAACCUUAGCAAGUCCUGGUGGCUAUACAGAUUAGCAUUUCUUUUAGUGAGACCUUUUACUAAAUCUCUGCAACAAGCGGCCGCCACCACAAUAUACGCAGCUACCGCCGGAGAAUUAGAUGAUGUCACAGGUCUAUAUUUCAACAAUUGCUUCUACUGUGAGGAGAAUUUUUUGGCCAGGGACCAAAAUCUGGCCCAUGAACUGUUCGCUAUAUCGCUUAAAAUGAUCGCCGAUCGAAUGAACACGGACUAUAUACAACGAUACAUAAAUAAGUAUACCUAUAUUUGCAACGUCUAAAAGUCAUGGGUAAAAUAACUGGCGACAUUUGGAAUAUUACAA